AUGCCAUACGUAUCGAUAGAGUCGGACAGUCCGCUCCUACUGAUCGAGAGCUGGCUCAACAGUCUCAUCCCACCGACGACCUGCGACCUGGAACUGGACCACCAUUCGCCCGACUUUCGAUACCUUGCCAUGUCAACUCCAGAGUCUUCGCCGAGAAAACGCCUACGGACGAGGUUACAGACAAUAAGCCCUUCAAAUGAUCCAAUGGAUACAGAGACGAGAGAGCAGGGGAAGGGUCUGGUUGACGCGUUUGGAGCGCAAUCUCUUGCGUCGCAAAUGGUGGAGGGAGACGAGGUGGAAGAGGAAGAGGAAGAGGAAGAGACACCGCGAUCAUCACGACAAACACUCGCACAUCGCUCUGGCUCUCGACAUCAACAUUCAUUCCACCGAGCAUACGGAAUGCCAACUCUCACUUCAGCAACCGGUAGUCCCCAACCGCGGAGGGCUCGAUCAGAUAUGCCAUCUCUGUCACCCGCGCGAUCCGAAUCGAGUACGAGCACCAACAAGACGACGACAACAACGAGCACAACUUCUCGCCGCCAAAAGAGCCCCGUGAAAUCAACGGCCGACCUACAUCUGGCUGCCAAGCCCUUUGAGUACAACGAUGAAGCUCAGCUGCCACCAAUUCUCGAGGGGCUUCGGGAUAUCCGAGAUCAUAUGAAUAUCGUGCCAGCCAUCAUCAAGGACGAGGUUCAGAAAGCAAUGAGUUCCAAUGAAAUCCUGCGCCCAUGGAUGAUUGACCACGCCCAUGUCCUUAAUCAGCAAGAGGCUCUUCAAGAGCUAGAUGAGAUUCGAUUGAUACUCAACGAGUCGAGGUAUUGUCAGCGGGAAGGAGCCUCAGAGGCAGCCUGGAACGACGGGGUAACAAGCCGAAUUCUGUUUCUCGCCCUUCGCUCGAGUCGGGGUGUGAGACACCACAAUAUUACAACGGCUCGUCCGGAAAGCUGUCUCGUACCCAAAGAUCUUGGCGGCGACCACUUCGACGGCAAGCUGGUUGAUUAUUCCAUCAACCUGGCCACACACUAUGAUGACGGCAGAGGACAAUCCGACUUUACGUCUGACAAGGAAGCCAUGUCGGAUGAUGGCCUGGAGGAUGCUAUUCGGAAACUUCUCUCACACGUGCCCAGCAAGCGCAAAACCAUUAAUCAGACAUGUUAUGGACCUGUCCGAUUCAACCCCGCGGCAGUGAGUAUCGAAACGAAAGCAAGCGCAGCGUCAGAUGGCCGCGUACAGUUGUCCGUCUGGAUUGCCGCCUGGAUGGAGCAGAUGCGAUACUUGCGCGCCGUGGCACGCAACCAGACAUGCUCCAAGUUUGGAGAUGUAUCCGAGAGACCGCCGCAUCCUGUUGAGUUGCCGAUGCCCCUGGUUGUAGCGUCGGGGAGCCUCUGGAAACUGCACCUUGCGACGGACACGACGAGCAAGAUCAUCAUCAGCUCGUUGUUUGCGAUUGGAGACACAAGCUCGCUUCUAGGAAUCUAUUGCCUGGUGAAGUCGCUUCGCAUCUUGGCCGCAUGGGCAGACGGGCCGUUUCGGAAGUUUAUGCGGGAAGAGAUCAUGGGUCUACCUGCUACAAGUGACGGUUAA